AUGAUGGCUUCCAAUGUGCCUUACCCUCUUCCUCCACGCACUCCCACUCCGCCGGCGGACGAUCCUUCAUAUGCUUAUUCGCAGCCGAGAACGAUUGAUCGCGACGCCUUGUCGCCAUUGCGGGACACUUUCUCCCAAAACCCCUCGCCAGACACAGAAGGUCAGGAUCUUCUUAGCCCUAGGUCUUCAGACUUCACAUCUGGUCAAAAUGAGUCGGCCGACUCUGCCCCAAGUCCGUUCAAUUUCAAUACGACAAUAAUGGCAAAGAGCCCGGUAGUAAAAUCGAAUAUUGGGCAACGUCGUGGUCACAAAUACAAGCACAGUAGUAUUUCGCAUCAGAUCUUCCUUGAACCUCCCCCUCGCGCACCCCUGGCUCUUCCCAAUUCACUUCCUAUGCCAACACUCAGUGAAUGUCGUGCCAGUAUGUCCAAGGAGCAGAAAACACGAUUUUGGUGGAGUGUGUGCCAUAUGUUCGUGGCUGCAUAUACACUGUGGAUGGCGCAUGGAUCGCUGGCGAUGACCGCGUUGUCUCAUUUGAUUUUGUUUGACUCACUUGGAGCUCUUCUAUGCGUUGCUGUGGACGUUCUGGGUAAUUUCGAGGUCUGGAAGAGAUCCAGUAUUCGCCACCCGUUUGGUCUGGAGCGGGCGGAGGUCCUCGCCGGCUUCGCCAUGUGUGUACUGCUUCUUUUUAUGGGGCUUGAUCUGAUAUCCCACAAUCUGCAGCAUUUCUUGGAGAAAUCAGGCCAUGAACCUCACCAUCCUCACCCCCACGAACGUGUGCCCUUGGGAAGCGUCGACGUGACUGCCGUUCUGGCUAUUUCUUCAACUCUUGUCUCUGCCAUUGGCCUGAAGAACCAUGCGCGAAUUGGAAAAGCCAUGCGUUUUGCAUAUAUUGACUCUCUUCCCUCCGUCUUGAGCAACCCAACUCACUUUUUGACUCUCUCUUGCUCCACCCUCUUGCUUGUGCUUCCGCUGGUGUCGAUUCAGAUUUACAACUGGCUAGAUAAACUCCUGUCGGGCACCAUCGCUCUUUCAAUGUGCUUUCUCGGAGUUCGAUUGGUAAAGACAUUGGGCUCCAUGCUUCUCAUGUCAUACUCAGGCCCUGGUGUGUCUGAGGUGAUCAAAGACAUUGAAGCAGAGCCUUCGGUAUUUGGCGUUGAUGAUGCUCGGUUCUGGCAGGUUCAUUAUGGUCUAUGCAUGGCCAACGUCAAGUUACGUGUCUCGGGUACUGAUGACAAUCUCUCUCGCCUACGGGAGAAGAUAUCAAGCCUUAUUCGAAACCGGCUUGGUGGGGGCUAUGGUACAGGAGGACAGAGGUGGGAGGUCUCCCUCCAAUUCACUAUUGAGCGGCCUUGA